GCCGAAGAGUCCCAUCUGCUUCGAUUUCGGCUCAUUAAAGUGCUGGCCUGUGGCCACGAUCAAGUCCAGGUACAUUGCCCGGUUGGAGCACAAAUAUCACUGGUCAGUGCUCAACAUGGCUUCGACCUGAACUUAGCCAGGCAACCUGGCGGUCAAAAAAGCAUGCUCGGACCUGGGUCCGAGUCCCGUGGGGAGGGCAUCGAAAGACCGUCUUCCGGGACGCCAAAUGGAGCAAAGCUGGCCGCCCGAGCGACUGAGCUGAGGCCUACUGGUGAAAUGUGGCCCGGUCGAGCCGACCUGGCCGGUCAGAGCCUGUCGUUUCUUCUCUCGGCCGAAGCCGCAGCCUUACGUGUCGGAGCGGAGCCUCUGUUCAUUGCUUCAUCCAGUUGCCAGGCAACCGGUGACGCCAGUUCCAGUUCGGAAAGUCGCCAGCAGAGGUUUAACAGCCAGCCCUGCGCCAAACCCAGGGAUGUUUCCAUGGUAAGGGGUGGGGCAUAA